AUGAAUAAAAUACUUCCAAUUGUUAAUAUUGGUUCAAAAUCAGGCAAAUUCAAAUAUAUUCUUGCACAACUUGGUCAAAAAUAUUUAAUUCGUGCUGAUCCAACAGCUGAUUAUCAUGAAAAAAUAUUUAAAAAACUUCAAGAUGAAGCUGGUGGACCAUUAAAUGAUUUAUACAUAUUAGGUGGUGGAAAAAUACAAGUUGAUUUUGAACAGAAAAAAAUUAAUCUCUUUGAUCAAUCACAAGUAUACGGUCCUGCUGACCAUAGAAGAGCAAAAACAAUUCUUCAAGAAAAAUAUCCUGAUUUUACCAUUGCACUUGGUCCAACUGAUUCAAAUGCUAAAAACUAA